CGCACUCCCUCUCUGUCUAUAUACAUAUAUUAAUACAUACAUACACACGUAUGAAUCUAAUUUCACCCCUGUAUAUCGCCAGCACUUGAAAUCCCUAAAUCUCUCUCUUUUAUCUCUGUGAAAUCACUCCUGUCUUUCGAGGAUGAAUGAUUUCCAAAAGCGGUGUUCUUGCAGAGCUGUAGCCAGUCAUUCUUGCUGAUUGAUUGGAUUUCAGUUUAAAUUUUUAGCAAAUGGAUCAACAUGAUACUUGUGGGGGUAGGCUGUAUAUUACCAUUGUAGAAUGUAGAUAGCCCUUAGAAAUACCCAACUUUAGCUUUGUGGAUAUUACUCAUAGCCUAGAAUAUGGGUGCUGUUGUUUACCAAACAAGAUUAGAUUGAAGUAGAUUAAGAGUUGUAUAUAACUUACAUGGAUGCGAGAUUUUUUGCAAACCCUGCGUCAAAUGCCUUCAAAAACCUUCGCAACUCCAUCUGUCUUAAAGGACCUGAAAAGGGACCUGGUUAUGCUACAGAUACAGUGUUACGACUGGAUUCACCGGGUUCCCUGAAUUGUUCAAUUUCUACCUCAAAAGGCGUUAAGCGCAAGUGGAGUUUGAGAGAUGGAUCAAUGGAUAUGGAAGCUGAAUUACCAUUAUGCCUCUGGCUAGGCCAUUCUUCAAGUUCCUCAGACAGCAAGGCGAGUUCUGCGACCGGAUGCACCAGCACCACGUCUUCAACUAAAGAAACUGAUGAAGAGGCCUCGAUGGAUCUAGAAUUGGACUUCAGUCUCCAUCUUGGUGGUGAAAAGGCACCUCCACGAAAGAAAAUCUCUAGUUCUAAUAAAUUGUCUCUGGAUCUUGAAGACCAAGUUGAUCUAGAAUUGAGUCUCUUAUCCACGCCUGCUGAAUCUGAUUUCAGUACUGUUCAAUUGAAUACUUCUGAAAAGAUUCCGCCAACUGUUGGUGGUGAUUUGUAUAUGAAUGAAGGUUCAAUUUCAUCACAUUUGAGAACUCAAAGUCCGUUUCCUUUGUUGCAGAGUUCAGAGAACACAAAACGUAGUUGCUUUCUCAAGCAGGCUCCAUCAUCCAGCAUCGUAACUGUACCAACUAGUUCAGUCACCUGUUUAUCCGGGAUAGCCCAACAACAGCAACGGAACAGUAUCACAAAGAUGUGUCAAUUUGAUGGAUGUGAAAAGGGAGCAAGAGGUGCUUCUGGUCGUUGCAUUGCACACGGAGGUGGUCGCAGAUGUCAGAAGCCCGAUUGUCAUAAAGGAUCCGAGGGUCGAACCGCUUACUGUAAAGCCCAUGGUGGUGGUCGAAGAUGUGAGUUUUUAGGAUGCACCAAGAGUGCAGAAGGACACACGGAUUACUGUAUCGCUCAUGGUGGCGGCAGAAGGUGCAGCCACACAGCUUGCACCCGUGCCGCCCGAGGGAAAUCCGGGUUGUGUAUACGUCACGGUGGUGGAAAGAGGUGCCAGAUGGAGAAUUGCACAAAGAGUGCCGAAGGCAUUUCUGGUCUCUGCAUUUCUCAUGGAGGUGGUCGCAGAUGUCAAGUUCCCGACUGCACCAAAGGGGCGCAAGGGAGCACAAUGUACUGCAAAGCACACGGUGGUGGCAAAAGGUGCACGUUUGAAGGGUGCAACAAAGGGGCGGAAGGAAGUACGCCAUAUUGCAAAGGCCAUGGUGGCGGGAAAAGAUGUACCUUUGACCUUGAAGGUGGAGCUUGCCCAAAGAGUGUCCAUGGUGGAACUCUUUUUUGCGUAGCACAUGGUGGUGGUAAAAGAUGUGUCGUGCCAGAUUGCACACGGAGCGCAAGGGGGCGUACAGAUUGUUGCGUCCGCCACGGGGGCGGAAAAAGAUGUAAGUUCGAAGGGUGUGCAAAAAGCGCUCAAGGUAGCACGGAUUUCUGCAAGGCACAUGGGGGAGGGAAGAGAUGCUCGUGGGGCGACGAUGUUUGUAAUCUGUUUGCAAGGGGCAAAACCGGAAUGUGUACAUCUCAUGAUGCCUUAGUGCAGGAUAACCGGGUCCAUGGUGGAGCCACCAUCGGAACCCUGGUUCAUGAAACUGUACCGAACCCAUCUGGAGAAAUGGAAAAGCUUAUGACCACAGAUGACAUGAAUGUUGAUGCUAUUAUGGCAUCAUCAUCAUCAUGUUUGAAAGCUUUUGGUGUCUAUAAAGGAAGUGUUUCAGUUUCAGUUCCAGAAGGGAGGGUUCAUGGUGGAAGUCUGAUUGCUUUGUUGGCAGGUAGUUCUGGUGGCUUAUCAGAUUCAGGAAAAUGUAACAUGAUGCCUCAGAAGUGGAUAUAAUCAAUCAGUCAUUUCUUUUAUGACGUCUGCAAGGGAAUGAUGACUGUUUUCCACCAUUGUUGAAUGAAUAAGGUGGAAUUAGGUAGUUGUUGGUGUUGUUUUUUGUUUCUUUGUAAAUUGUUAAUAGUGUUUAUCUCCAUCACACUUUGUUUCUUUGUAAAUAUGUUCUCAAACAACAAAAUUUCUUUGUUUCUUUGUAAAUAUGUUCUCAAACAACAGAAGAUGUUGCAACAUAUAAGGUAUUCCAUGAAAUAUACUUUAAUCCCAAAACAGACCAUAUGACUGU